GAGAGAGGUAGCAUUGAAAACACGUAUAUACUAUAAAAUAGCCCCUCACUUCCCUCUCUGUGACACCCACCUCCUCAAGAACUCAUUUUGGGGAAGGAAAGAUUCGAUAUAAAGGAGAUAUCAGCGGCACGGCUAACCCAUCAAGCAAACUUAAAGUAUGAGUUAUUACAAUCAGCAUCAACAUCCUGUUGGUGUCCCUCCUCCACAAGGCUAUCCGCCGGAAGGAUAUCCCAAGGAUGCAUAUCCGCCUCCGGCCUAUCCAGCACAGGGAUAUCCGCCACAGGGAUAUCCUCAGCAGGGAUAUCCCCCGGCCUACGCCCCUCAGUACGGUCAGCCUCCCCCUCAGCAACGCCAACAGGGCAGCGGCGGCUUCUUGGAAGGCUGUUUGGCUGCUCUAUGCUGUUGUUGCCUCUUGGAUGCCUGCUUCUGAUCAUGAGAAACUCUGCAGCAGCAAAAAAUGGGAGAAUUCACAUUUCCCAUCUAUUUAAAUUGUCUAGUUUUUCUUCUUCUAUAACCCUCCCCCCUCCCCCUCCCCCUCCCCCUUCUCUUGACUAUUGUUCCUUAUAAAAUAUUAAUAAUAUUGUACUCUUGUGUGCAAGUGAACGUGUCAUCACCCAUUUCUUUCUUUCUUUA